GCUUCAUAGCCAGCACACAUCUAGCUGAAAUCGAAGCUAGAUUCAGCGCCAGCAUUGGUCACAGUCGCACUUAGUGUCAGCCAUCCGCGGGGUCUCUAAAAUCAAACGUUAAAAACAUGUUUCGCCACUUUUGCCUAACGGUGCUUCUGGUUAUAGCCAGUGGUAAGCUGAGUUCCACUCAAACCACAUUGCCACCAACUUCUGCUCCGGCCACCACCACCACCACCACCACUACCACUACCACUGCUGCUACUACUACUACUACUACUACUACUACUACUGCAGCUACUACAGCUUCUCCAAAUACAACCACCCUUGCUCCAAAUACAACCACCCUUGCUCCAAAUACAACCACCCUUGCUCCAAAUACAACCACCCAAGCUCCAAAUACAACCACCCUUGCUCCAAAUACAACCACCCAAGCUCCAAAUACAACCACCCAUGCUCCAACUCCUGCAAAUACAACCACUCCAGCUCCGACCAAUGCCACCACAACUGCCCCCCCACUGCCCAACCCCCAAACUGGAGACUACACUCUUAAGCCAAAUGUCAAUGCCUCUGCCUGCAUUAUGGCCAAAAUGGGCCUGCAAAUCAUCUUUAAGCCAGGCUCAGAUUCCCUGAGCUUUAACGUGGAUCCUAAAGCGAUGACUGUCUCUGGAUCAUGUGGCAGUAAUGGCACUGACUCCGUCCUCAUCCUACAGUCUGACACAAUCUACAUGACCUUUGGCUUUUCUAAUGUAUCAAACCGAUUUCACCUACAUUCACUGAAUGUCAAUGGGACUGCUGGUGGGCUCAAUUUCACUGAUGGCAAUUCCAGCUUGUCUCUAUGGGAAGCAUCUGUGGGGAGCUCCUACAUGUGCAAGAAGGAACAGAAGGACGACAUCACAAGCUCCCUCACCCUUAACACCUUUGAACUGCAGAUCCAGCCCUUUGCAGUGGAGGACAAUAAAUUCAGCACAGCCCAUGAAUGUGCAAUGGAUGACUCCAGCAUCUUAAUCCCAAUCAUUGUUGGUGCCGCUCUGGCCGGCUUGAUUCUCAUAGUAGUGAUUGCUUACAUGAUUGGUCGAAGAAAGACCUAUGUUGGAUAUCAGACACUGUAAAGCAGUCACUGACUUCCUAAUUUUGAUCUCCCUUCAAGGAGUCCAGGCUUGUGGAUUGGUUGGGAUAAGGGGAAGGGAGGGGGAGAGAGGGGGGAGGUGAUCGAGCCUGAUCCUGGAAAAGAGCUGCAGUUUUUAGUGCAAUCUCAUAAUUGGCAGUUGGCCCCUCAGCAUUAAAUUCAUAAUGAUGAAUGCAGCAGUAUGACAAAGAACUGAUGUGCAGUUCAAAUCACGAGGGCCCUGCAGUAUUCCAGGAUCAGGACCCCCCCCACUUGCACAUAUACAUUCUUUUACAUUUUCUUUUCUUUUCUUUUUCUGCUUGUCAUUUGUUUCUUUUGUUGCUUUUCAGUUUUUAUGUCCCUUUUGAUUGUGUUCAGGAAGCAAGUGCACAGUCUCUAUUAGAUGCCAUCAACAAGUUUCACCUAAACAUAUCUGAUGAUGCAGAACAUGUAAAGGUUAUUCAUAUAGGAAUUGAAAUGUACAAUCCUGUAUCAAAUCGCAUCAGAUUGUUCACUUGCUUCUUCCUCCCAGCAUUCCUUUUUUUUUCUUCUUUAAACCCCACAUGUUUUAAUUGUAUUCAUUUCAUUAAGCCACAUGAUGUUGGUUUGGUUCAUUUCAUUUGAUUCAAUCUUAAAUUACUGCAAAAAUGGAUCCUGGGGGACAUAAAUUGUGUAUUUAAUUUUGACUGGAACUAAUCUUAACAGAGCUGAAUCAGCUUUUUGUGCAAUCAUUGUUCCAAGUCACAUUUAAUCAACAGCCAGUAAUUUCUUUGAUUUUUGCAUGUGUGAGACCCAAGUCUGUUACUCUUGUACAUUUCCCUAAGAUUGAAUUGGCAGAAAUAUCCCUCUCAGCAUCUAUAGAUUAAGGGUGUACAAUUUAAAAAAAAAAAAAAAAAAUUUAACGAUGUUAGCCAGUUUGCAAAAUCUCAGUGUGAUACUCUAAUUUGAUGCAGCAUUUUGCCACAAAAUUUCUCUAUGCAUUAUGAGAUCCACAAUUUUCCUAGCAAGUCUCUAGGCCUAACUGUGGUGAUAACGGUGAGGGGAUGUUUGUGACCAGUUAUUAAGGUAGUUGGCUACAUUUCCCCCACAUCUGAGUACUUUUUUUGGCAUUAGGUUUUUUAAAAAGGGAUAGUGUUGUAAAUUGUGGUAUAUGUGCAUUUAAGCAAAGUUGCUUGCAGAUGUGUUUUUAUGUAAAUGUAUUCAGAGGACACUCCACAUUUGGUAAGAGAUGCUGCUCUGCAAAACUUGUGAAUAGCCUUUGCAAUAGUUGUGCACAUUGAUCCCAGAACAUAAUAAUAUUGUAACUGGAAAUUGGUGUGGGGGCUUUAGCGUGUGCAUGUUGUUGCGUAAAUGGGUAAAUGUAUAGUAAUAUUACCCUUGUUAUUAGAAAGGCGUGGUCAUCUCCGCUUUCACAAGACACAAAAGAUUUUGCUGUGGGGUGCUUGUGUUUCUUCAAUCUCACAAAAUCAGGCGCUGUGUGUUUUUGCCGCAGAUUGUUUUCCAUUUCAGAAGUGCGCAUGUAAAAAUGUAAUUGUAUGGCUUUUGAUUAAAUUUUUGCUUUUAUGUGAAAUGUUGAAAUUGAAAUAGUCCUCAAAGUAUACAAAUCUACCACCACCACGCUUGCUGUAUUUGCAUCCAUUACCUUUAGCUGGGGACAAAGUCCACAGGAUUGAUUUCCAAAAAUGUGCCUUUUCCAGAGCAGACCGUUUCUGAUAUAUCAGGCACUUUGAAGGAGGUGUGAUCCUGCUAAAAGGGAAUUCCCAUUACUGGACACCUGCUCCUUCCAAAACCAUAGAUUUUGUGUGACAUGGCAAAAUAUGAAACUGAAAUGUGGAUUGGGUCGGUAAAGCAAAUACAAUAAGUUUUGAAAGAGAUGUAAAGUGUUCAGUUUGCAUUUCAGUUUCAUAUUAAGGUCAGGGGAUCUGACAAAGUGUUUUUUAUCAUUGUAAUUGUUUCCCAUGGCAUCAAAUGAAAAUAGUUUCUGUCAGUGCAUUUUGAGUUUUUAGUUGCAGUAAGUCAAUAAAAUUUGAUAUAGAAACGUCUGUGUAUUUAGUGUUGACAGUCAGCCGAGGCUACUUUUGACCUUCAAAAUAAAAGAGUGUGUUGGACUCUU